ACAGAGCUCAGUGAGUGUGUCCAUUCAAACACAAACUACCUGUUGUGUAUCUACACACUUUGGACUCCAGCUGCUGGAUCUUCUGUUCCUGUCUGCACCCAGGCAUUCUUUUGCAUGCAGGUUCUGGCCUGACUCGGUGAUGACCUCACUGCUGCUCCCCGGCAACGCCCACGCUGCGAUGAAGGACCUCUCCACUUCCUCCUCUACUCUCAACUUCCACUACCCUUCCUCCAAAACCUCCGUCGGGCCUUUCUCCCCGUCCUCCAGUGCCUCGUCACCUGUGUCACCCUUAGCGGUGGCCCCCAAGUCCCAGCCUUUCUGCCUCCAGACGGGGCCACACCUCAUCGCCAGCAUGCAGCUGCAGAAGCUCAACUCACACUACCAGAACCUGGCCGGGUCCUCUACGGGACAUUUGACGCCUAGCGGCAUGCAAAGGGGAUUCGCUGCGUCGCCUCUAGGCAGUGGAAACCAGAUCCUGGGGCCCGCUGGGGGCCUUGGCGGUGGGGGGAUGGGUGUCGGCAUCGGUAUGGGGACGCAGAACUCUGGUCCAAGUGGAGUCAUCGACUUUGACCUGGUAGAUGAGGAGGUUCUCAUGUCUUUGGUGGUGGAGUUCGGACUGGACCGAGCUAAUGAGCUGCCUGAACUUUGGCUGGGCCAAAACGAGUUUGACUUCAUGUCAGACGUGCAGGCAGGCUGCUGACCCACCACAACCAAAAGAGGUUCAUUUUUGUCCUGACUGUCAAAGAAACCAUUCAGAGACUUUUUUUUUUCAAGAAACUUUCAAGGCCUUUGUCCUCUUUAAUCAAACGAGUGCAUUUUUCCUGAUGAAACCGACCAUCCAACGGGAUGAGUGCCUCUUUUAUUUUGAAGGAAAGGAAGCAUGCGAGGAGGAGACACAAGGAGCCAUUGCUGUCUCCUAUUUCCUUUCCACGGUGGAGGCUUAAUGAGAACAAGCUGACGGAUUGAAACACAAAGAGACACCUGUUGGCCCCAUCGGGCCUCGGAGCGCUGCAGCGACAUGAAAGUGGGAUGCGUGACUUUAUUAUGAGAGACGGCGAGAUGACCAACAGUAAGCUUCCUGUUUUCUCAAUGGACAAUAUUCCACUGUGCUCUCACGGGAAAGAGCCUCCUCAUUCUCUCUCUCUCUCUCUGUCUCUCUCUCUCUCUCUGUUUCACAAGGAAAGUAAUUGUCUGAGACACGGUUAUCUGUGUGCACUCCCCGUUUUCUGCUUCUUGUUUGAAUUUAGUUCAAGCAGAACAUAGAACAUGUUAUUUAAGACAGUAGCUGAUAUCCAUCUGGACUUCAGGACAACGAGGGCUUCUGUGCACGUAAUGAAUUAGGUUGAGGGGGUCAUCAAGGUUGUUUCUUCACCAAAGCGGCCUUCGUGUUUUGUUGGCCGACUGUGUUGUUUUGCAUUGCUGCCUUAAUCCCAGCUGAGAGAAUGUUAUUUCUGCUGUGUAACCCCCGAAUCCUCCCCCCCCUUCCACUCCUCUGCAGAGAUCUUUUUUUUUUUGUAGUUUGCGUCGUCUGAGGAAGCCCUUCAUUUCCCUUUCUUUUCCUUCACCGCCCCCCUGCAGAGGCCUUCAGAACCAAAAUAGGUGUAAUGAACUGGAAUUCUGGUAUAUAAUACAUGUAUGUAGUAUACCAUCACAUACAAUGACACGUGUGUAAAGCAUUGACAGUAUUCAACCAGGUCUCCUAAUGAAUCACUUGUUUAACCAAAGUAGACUCUGAACUUGUUGUAUUUACCUUUGGACGUGUACAUCAGAGUCUUAUUUUCGUCUUGUCUGUCAAUUGCUAUCUGUUUCUUGUUUUGUUUAUCUUUCUAUGAA